CGUAUUACGCAUGCGCAAAUAUGUGUCUGGGUACUGUCUUGGGGUGCAUGCGCAAAAGGGCCGAUGGGGAGGUUGCAAGGCGUGUGCUGACCCUCAGUCGCUCGUUCCAGUCAAGAGGAGGUUUUGUUUCUAUUUCUUUAUGAAUGCUUCAAGUUUGUUUCAUUCCACAAUCUUACUAACCAAAAUAAAUACAUUGUCUUGGAGGCCAUGGCUUUGGAGGCAGCAAAAGUUAUUAUCCCCCCGACUGGCUGUAUCUUUAUUCCCAGUAGCAGGAAAGAAGAAUUCUUGUGAUCUUCUUCCACUAAGUGAAGCAGACUUAGAAGAACAGUUUGUAAGAGGUAAUGGCCCAGGAGGUCAAGCAACUAAUAAGACAAGCAACUGUGUGGUCCUGAAGCAUAUUCCAUCUGGGAUAGUAGUCAAGUGUCAUCAAACUAGAUCAGUGGAGAUGAACCGACAGAGAGCCAGAGAAAUCCUGCAGCAAAAAGUUGACCUCUUUUACAAAGGUGAAAAUAGUGACAUUUUUAAAGAGAAAAGAGCAGCUGAGAAGAAAAAGCAAGAAAAGAAAAAAAGAGCGAAGGAGACUCUAGAAAAGAAAAGGCAUAUUAAAGAAAUGCAAGAAUCAGAUAUCAAGUAAGUGUGAGAGAAAAUUAUUGAUUUGGCUUGUCAGGAAAAGAAGAGAGUUUGUCACUACCCUUGAAACAUGUGUUAGAAGUUUUCUGGCUUAAUACUGUUAUAAGACUUCAUAAUAAACACUAUUAAAAUGUUAAGUUUAGUGACCUGCUAUUACUGCAAGGCUAAAGUAUUUAGCACAACAUUAAUAGCAGUCAUAUUUCAUCUUCUACUGUGGACAGCCCAGUAUACUCAGAUUCAAUAUAAUCAGUUCAUUUGUGCCAAGUUUAGGACAGGUGUGAUAAGAAAACAGGAUCCAUAAGACCUCAAUUAAAUGGAUGUUACAGGAAAACUCUAUCCAAUAUAGUUAAUGGAGGGGGGGGGGGAAUAAACUCAAUCAGCUGAGAAUAUUCUCCCCUCAUAGUGAGAGGAUUUAGGCACAAACUCUAAUGCUUUAGUUACAUAAAGAUGAGGACUUCUCCUCAAACAUAGUCUGCCUAGUCCUGUAGUCCAUACUCAAACAACGUUUCCAUUUAAAUCAGAAUCCCCUUUAUAAAUUAGAGUAGACAGCUUGGAUGAGCUAUCAAAAAAAACCCUCUAGUUUCUAGUAGGGUUGUCAAUUAAUUGCAGUUAAUGCAAGCGAUUAAUGCAAAACAAGUAACAUGUUUUUUAAUGAGUUAAUCGCACAGCUUUGUUUUGACCCUCUUCACUUCCUGUAUUACAUUACUUGGUGGACACUGCGUUCUCAUGAUCUGGAGUGAGUAAAUAUCAGAAAAAGUUAAUGGAGCAAAGCAGCAAAAGUUUAGGUCUUUUGAAUGGGAAGUUUAUUUUUAAGAAACUUCUGGAUGUUCUCUGGAUAAAAAGACAGUUAUCUGUAGCUAAGGCAAGGCUGAGUUCCAGUACCAUCGAAGUACUUCACGUCUGCAGUACCACAUAAGCGCUAAACAUGUUUUUGCCUCCGGUUCUUGUGCUACAGAUAACCCAUUGACAGCAAAUGAAUCCUGACAGCUACACCAGAGUAGGCUAACAGGGUUGCUACAAGCCCACAGAUCAAACAAAGUACAACAGUUUAACCAAUGCUAUUGCAAAGUGGAUAGCUAUGGACUGCAGCCCACUCAACAUUGUAAACAACAGAUGGUUAAGAGGUGUUGUUCAAAUUGCAUCUUCCAAUCUGUGAUAUACCGUGCCCUGCCAAGAGCCCAUUGCAUCACGAAUACUUGGCCUAUAUCAUGAGAAGACUAUAAAGUUGGAGCUUCUGAAAAAUGCACUAGCUGCUGCUUUGACUGGUGAUCACUGGACAUCCUUGAGCAAUCACAGCUGUCUGGAGUCACAGCACACCUAAUUGAUGCUGCAUGGACACCGCAGUCAUUUGCUUUAACAGUAACACAUACUGAAGAGAGACGUUAUGCUGAAAUGUGCAGAGUGUUUCUUGGAUGUUGCAAAAGAAUGGACUAUUCAAGAAAAGGUAACUUAGUACUGACAGAGCACAUAAUAUGAUUGCAAGAGCCAGUCAUUUGCCUUUUGAACAUGUGGCAUGCAUCACUCAGUCUGCAGUGAUCCAUUACAAUAGCAUUCAAUGAUGGUGGUUUAGAAAACGUGCUGGCAAAAUGUAGAAAACUUGUGGGCCAUGUCAAACACAAUCCAGUUAACAGUACAGAGCUAAAAAUACAACAAGCUGUAAAUGGACAGAAACAAGAACCUCUUGUACAAGAUAUUUCAACCAGAUGGAACCCCACAUUGGGUAAGGUUCAGUUCAUCCUUAGAAAUAAAGCUGCUGUCACAGCCACAUUAGCUCUUCAAAAGCACAGUCUAUUAGUGCCGCUAGAUGGUGAUUUUGAAAAACUGCGAGUUAGAAACACUACUUGAGCCUUGCAGGGUUGUGACUGAAUUCCUUGGGGGGAAAUUGUAUGUCUCCUGCUCUGUGGUUUUACCUGUAUUCUGCCAUUAUUUCAUGUUAUGGCAGUCUCCAAUGACAACCCAGCACACGUUAGAUUUUAAGAACACUUUCACUGCGGAUUUGACAAAAUGCAAAGAAGGUACCAAUAUAAGACUUUUAAAGAUAGC